CCUCCUCCUCCUCCUCCUCAGUCUUCUGUAGAUGCCUUUUAAGCUUCAGCGGGGAAACGGAGAAGAAGAAUUUGUCAGUGGUUCGUGCGUUUCAAACGAUGCCGAUGAAGUUGGAAAGUAAUGAGCGAGGAUGCUGAAAGUGCCGGGAAGCCCGCUUUGUUCGGAGGAGCGCAGGGGCUUUGUGCCGCUCUCAUCCCGCAGCUUCUUCCCUGCUGCUUUGUCUUCUCCUGGCCGUCUGGUACCGACCGGUAGUGAGCUGUGUGGUUUGUCUGGGUUGGACUGCAGCCAUCAGCGGGUCAGAACCAUGAGUCUGUACGGCUCCGGUGCCAACGGGGGGGCCGCCGGUGGGACCAGAGAGCGAGGCGGAGCGGAACACUACCGGGAGCAACGGCGGCGCUCCAGCGAUCGAUCUCGCGAGUCCUCCCACGAGAGAGGGGAGGGCCAGCUGACCCCCUGCAUCAGAAACGUCACGUCUCCCACCGGACAGCACGAUCGAGAGCGUGGCGACGGAGGCUCGUCCUCCAGGUCCUCCAGUCCCCGCCCUCCGAGGGUCUCCCAUAUUUAUUCCCACGUGGGAGGAGCUCUGACCGGGGCUCACAUACCACGGUCCCUCGGUCCUCCCGGUAAGGACCGCCACUCGGCGGGUCAGGGGGGCUGCGAUAUGAUCUACGUGUACGACCUGAGCAGCAAGGAGCACCGGCCCGGGUUACGACCAGGAGAGAGAGUCACGCUCAUCGUGGACAACACGCGCUUCGUGGUGGAUCCUGCUGUCUUCACCGCUCACCCCAACACCAUGCUGGGCAGGAUGUUUGGUUCUGGGCGGGACAACAAUUUCACUCGACCCAAUGAGAAAGGAGAGUUUGAGGUGGCGGACGGUAUCAGCUCCACUGUCUUCAGAGCCAUCCUGGAUUACUACAGGUCGGGGAUAAUCCGCUGCCCUGACGGCGUUUCCAUCCCCGAGCUGCGGGAGGCGUGUGACUACCUCUGCAUCUCCUUCAGCUACAGCACCAUCAAGUGCAGAGACCUGAGCGCCCUGAUGCACGAGCUGUCCAACGACGGAGCGCGGCGUCAGUUCGAGUGCUACCUGGAGGAGAUGGUGCUGCCGCUGAUGGUGGCCAGCGCUCAGAGCGGCGAGAGGGAGUGUCACGUGGUGGUCCUGACUGACGAUGACGUGGUGGACUGGGACGAAGAGUACCCACCACAGAUGGGAGAGGAGUACUCGCAGAUCAUCUACAGCACCAAACUCUACCGCUUCUUCAAGUACAUCGAGAACAGAGACGUGGCGAAGUCUGUGCUGAAAGACCGAGGACUGAAGAAGAUCCGACUGGGAAUAGAAGGGUACCCCACCUAUAAGGAGAAAGUGAAGCGGCGGCCCGGGGGCCGGCCGGAGGUCAUCUACAACUACGUCCAGCGGCCCUUCAUCCGCAUGUCCUGGGAGAAAGAGGAGGGGAAGAGUCGUCACGUAGACUUCCAGUGUGUCAAGUCCAAGUCCACCACCAACCUGGCUGCAGCUGCCGCAGACAUCCCCCAGGACCAGUUGGUGGUCCUGCAGCCCCCGGGACCACAGGUGGACGAGCUGGACACUCUGCCCCAGCAGCCGACUGUCGGGCCRGGGCCGGAGAACCACCUGGGCCCCCAGCUCCUGCAGCACCAGCAGGCCCAGGACAGUCCUGGCCAGGCGGGGCAGAACCAGUCCCACAGCAGCUACAAUCAGAACACUUACCACUACGACCCGGACCCCGACGAUCCGUCCCCCUCUGCAUGACCCCCCGCCCCCCUCCUGUAAAACUGCUUCCGUCACACCAUGUGUGUGUGUUCAGUUUGAAGACGCACAAAACCCUGGUGUCCUCCAAGAACCAGAGAGCACAGCCGGACCCGUGUGACGCAGAACACCGCUGCUGCGUCGACACGGCAGAAACACAAAAACACAUCUGUCCAACUGUUUUUAUUUGUUUUUAUUUAUCUGACCAAAGGAGAGUUCAGCUGCGUUUUGUACAGGUGAAAAUCCAGAGCACUGUUUGACUGAAGCAGGUGAGACCUCAGAGGAAAUGUGAAUUUUAGUGCCUCUUCAUGUUUUAUUUAGAGUCAUUAUAUCUGAUCAUUAAUUUAUUUUCUCCCGUAUUUAAAACCUUUUUUUAUAAAACGUUGUUUUUACACGUUACAGAUUUGUUUUUGAAGCUGUUCCACUCCUGUUUACUGUUUUUACAGCACCGAGAGCACAGGAUGUCAAAGAUGUCRAGAUUUUGUUUUUAUUUUUAAAAAAGUAAAAUUUAUUCACACAU